AUGGUAUGUCAGUAUGGUAUGUGGUAUGGUAUGGUAUGGUUUGAUAUGGUUGACAUGCUAUCAUAUGACAUGCUUUAUCAUCGUAGAAAUUUUCCUUUAUUACAGAUUUGUCCAAGUCCCGAAUUCGUAGCGCCUGCAAACCUAGAUAGUAAGGAUUUCGACAAACGAAAACGGGAAGUAACAGACGAUGAAGUAAGUUGGGGCACAGGAACGGCCAUAAAAUUUUGUCAGUUGUAAUUUUUUAGUGUGAAGUUUCACUUCACACUAUUGUGAUGGCUGGCAAAUUCACACGAAUCAGUCAGUCAAACAGUCAGUCAUAGAGUAAACUUUCCGGGGGGUGUAUACGAUUUAUGUUCGUAGUGAUUUAUUGUACUUAGUCAGUAUUUUGAAGGUUAUUUAGGCAAUUUCAGUUAACUUAUUUACAUAUUCUGUUAUCCUUUUGCCCAGUUCGCAAAAAUUUCGAGGAAUCGCUUUCGUUAUUGUAAUUUUUUGUAAAUUUUAGAACAUUCGCUUCUCAUGUUGUGUAAAGGAUUUUUACCCCGGAACACCCGAUUUUUUUCUUUAGUAGCGCAAAUGCGCAUGCGCUAUCAAGCCGUAGAUCACGAUGGCGUGACGAUAUGCUAGGAAGGAGUGACAGUGUUGUUUUCAGAUGUAUAAACAUUUCAGACGUGAAUAUUGAGUAAAUCUUUGAAAAUCUACACAAAAUACAAAUUGAUCUUAUACAUUACGGGUGUUCAAUUAAGUGCCGAUAAUAUUUAGACGGUAUAUUCAUUAUACAGAGCUAGGAAGGAGCUAGACCACCUAGACAGUGCAGUCAAGUGUAUAAACAUUUCAGACGUAAAUAUUGAGUCGAAAAUCUUUGAAAUUCUAGGCAUUCAAUUGAGUGCCGAUAUUAUUUUCACAGCAUACUCAUUACACAGAGCUACAGUACGUAGGCAGAAGCGAGACAGUGUUGUUUUCAAGUAUAUAAACAUUUCAGACAUGAAUAUUGAGAAAAUCUUUGAGAUUCUACGCAAUAAUACAAUAUGUAAAUUUAUGUUAUGCAUUACGGGCAUUCAAGUAAGUGCCCAUCGAUAUUAUUUAGACCGUGUAUUCAUUAUACAUUGUCAUUGACUGUAGUCUGUAUAAGGUGCUACAUCACAGAAUAGAUGGCUACACUCAGUACAAAGAGCGAAAAAUUGCAUCAGAUCUGUAUCAGAUCAAUAAAGCAUAAACAACUAUUAAACAGAAGCGGGUAAAUGUUUGUACGGCGUUUACGAAGAAAAUAACUUGCGAGACUAAAGAAAUCAGUUGAGGCAGAGCUCCUUAUUUAAAUGAGAAAGACGAGGAGAUAGCCAAUGUGUUAUCGCCAAUCGCUUGGCUCGCCAACAAGCUUGAUGCAAUAGAAGAAAAAGGCAACAUGUAGCCAACGUGUACCGUCACGGACCUUGUCUUUGUUUACUGUCUAGCACAACGCCGUUGUCAACGGUGCAAAUUCGUGUUCAGUUCAACGAUAACUCUACCAUAUCGUACGAGAAUCAAUCUGUAGUAUUCUGUACACAGAACUGUAUCAAAGCUUGUCAAAAUCAAAACUGCUUUAAACACUGCUUAACUGUAAAACUAUUGAAAUCUAAAGUGACAUUAUUCAACACAUGCGAAAAGCUGAAAAUAGACGUGACACUGGGAAAAGUCAAAGGUCAAUGUGACUUGUUAUUGUGAAACCAACCUCGUACCCAGGGCUUCUGCGCUUAUUGCUCUCAGAAGCCCUGGGAUAAUCCAACUCAGAACGUGAUUUGAUUGGUCAAUGCGAAUUUUGGCAACAUGGCUGCUAUCACAAGGAGUGUACACAAAAGUUAAAUGCUGGUUUUUGCAUGAAAAUACUUCCUUAAAUCAAAUUCUGGGCUAUUUUGAAAAGAGCAAAAGAAGAAAUGGACUAUUUGUAUUUGUAAAUAAGCAAGAAUGGCGAACAGAGUAAAAAAAUUAACAUAAUAAAGCGAAACAUUUCUCGUUCGAAAAUUGAAAAUUGAAAUUUCAAUUAUAAAUCUACAACUUCAACCACGAUAUUCAAUGUAAAUAUUACAUAAUAAAGUUUUUAAUACCUUUUUUACCUUUAUUUGAUAAAUUGUGUGUUCUACAUUAUUGCAUUUUGUAUUGGAAUAGGAUAAAUUAUGAAUUAUACACAAAUAUUUAAAUUUACAAAUUAUUCCCAAUUUGAGGAUGCUGGGUGCACUGGCUCAGAGUUUGUAUUAGUGCCUAUUUAUUAUUGAUUAUUAGUGCCUCUAAAUCUCUAAUGUACAAACAUUGUAAUCUGUCACUUAAUACCAUAAAGAAACUGUUGAUAGCACAUAUAUUAAAUGACUAUUAAUCAAAAUGAACUAAAUUUCGACCAUUAUAUACUUAGCAUAUUUCCCCCAAUAUUGAGGGAAUAAUUUCUCCUAUUUAUUUUUAUAAUAAGCCAAUAUUGCCCAACUGUGAAGUCAAUAUUGCCCGACUGGCCUAGUCUGCCCAACAAUUGAGCCCCGCCCUGUACGCCUAUGACCAGGCCUACAGGUGGACCCCCAACCUGAUUGGUCACAAUUUUUAUUUCUCCAAAAUUUCCCCUCCCCAUGUACAAGGAUUGACAGUUUGAUUAGAUUGGGAAAAAAACACAGUUAUAUUGGGUCAUUCCAGAAAACACCCAUACCACUCCCACAGAGGAAAUUGAAAGUUAAUCCCUCAUACCCCUUUGGAUGUCCUAAUACAUUUAUUAUUAUCAGAAACAAUUUUUUCCCCCUCCCCCUCUGAACGGCAGAAAUUUCCUCUGUGGGGGGAGUGUGGAUAUUUUCUGGAACGACCUAUUUGAGAAAUGCUUUUGCACAAAUUUUAAAUUUUCUUACAAUUUUCUUGUAUGUCAGAACACUGUUCUAAGUUGCAACUAAAAUUCAGAGGUCUAAAAGGCUCAAGUCAAUUCCAGUGGUGUAACCAGAGGGGGGAGGGGUCAAAAUAUUUUAAAUGUUCUGAACUUGUUUGUAAUUAAUUAGAGUUGAACAUGUGGUUAACUGCAAGGCUAUUUCAAAUCACCAAAACACAUUAAAAUAGCCCCCCAAAAUGGCACUUUAUUAACUAGAAUUUAAAAAGUUUACAUUGUACUAUAUUAUACAUGGAUAGCUUGGGAGUCCAAAUAUAUUUUUACAUACUAACAAACUUUAUUCAAACUAGUGCAGGCCCCUCCUGGGAAUUUCAGUCCCCCUUGAAGGCCUUAAUUAGAAAUUCUGGCUACAUCACUGCUCAAUUCCAUUGCCAAUGAUGGUGUUAGAGUAGGUUAACAAACUAGUGUGUAUUAUGAGAUAAUCCAUUGAACACCAAUGAUCUAUCCCAACAUAUCCGGGCCGGGCAUAGUACCACAGAAAAUUUUUAAAAUUUGGGUCUCUGAAAUGGCAUUUCCAGCAUUCUGAGAAAACAUUUUGGAAAAUUUUUAGAUUCUCAAAACAUUUAAAAAAUUCAGAAUAUUUAAUAUUGGCUAUUCCACUAUUGUCAACUAGUGAUACCCAACUGAAUUCCUUAACAUAAGUUGGUUAGAAUUGGGAUAAUCAGCAAUUAACAAAAGUUGGAGUUUCAUCUGAUGACAUGUAUGCUUCUAACCAUGCUGUCCAUGCAGCUAUCUGACAGUUUUUAAUUUUCAACAUUGAUUCCCAAAGCCAUUAUUCUCAAGAUUUGCCAAAAAGGUUUUCCAAAUAUUAAAGUGCAGAAUUAUAUUACAUUACUCAUCACUGUUCAUUUUACAUUCUUCAAGUAGAUGCAUGUUCUUCAAGUAGAGGCAUACAGUACAGUAUAUCUUGUGCAUUUAUAAUUAAAUCUUGCAAUAUCUUGUUCAAAACCCUCAAAUCCAAGAUAAUCGGCAGCCAGCCAUGUUACCAGUAAGAUUUCUAGUCUGUUAAUUUUGAAAUGACCAAGGUUGUACUCGAAUAUAAAUAUUUAUACUUUAAUUAUUGAAUAGCCCCUGUAUAUCGCUGACAAAUAUGCUGUUGUCGCGAUAUAAGAUGUUCUUUUGCUCGCCAAAGGGCUAAUUUUACGCAUAAUUGUAUCUCUAAAUUGAUCAUUCCUGACUUUAAAUUCCAAAAGCCAGGCGAGAAGCAGUUUAAGACGUCUUUACAAGUCCAAAUAUAUCAUAAAUUGCAACAAAUAAUCCAUUCUCACUCCUUGCGUAAAAAUAUGCCCAGUCAGCGUUUUUAGCUGGAGCUACUGUUUACUUCCGCUUCCGGGGGCACCACUGUUCUAUGGUGUUCCGGUUUGGAUUAUCCCAGGGCUUCUGAGAGCAAUAAGCGCAGAAGCCCUGGGUACGAGGUUGUUGUGAAACAUGUCACAAUUAGGUUAAAAUGCGGAAUCGGGUGAAGCGGAUCCACGGAACGGAUAUGCGGGUAAAAUAAGGAACGGAUGAGGAUAAAAUGCGUCCUUUUAAUGAUGUAACGACGUAGUGCUUAUUAUUCAUAACAUAUCUUAUACAGCUAUUUCAAUUAUAGUUUUAGAUAAAUUUAGAAUAGCAGUAGCCUGGUGGAGAUGCUUUUAGCGACAGCUGCAAAUGCAAAUGAAAAUUUAGAAUAUGCAAAAUUUGGCUAUUGGUGAAACAAUUUAAAUUUCGAAUUGUCGCGUGUAGCAUCACAAUAAAUAGAUAAAUUGCAUCAGUUUCACAAGGCAAGUUUCUGAUGUGUUAGGCCUGUUUCAAACGUCACGCUACUUGUGUGCCGAGCGUAUUAAAAGCAAUAAAUAAUGAGAUGAAAUGCCUUUGGUAACUGUUUAUUUCGUAGUGUAAGUCAUCAGCUUUUCUAGGUUGUCGGCGACCCUAUAUAGUUGUUGCAGUGUCUUUUUUAAUUUGAAACUUCACACUAUCCUUGGAUCCCUAGUUUCUUUUCAGUACAAAAUAUUGUUGCCCUACAUUAUUUGACUAACGCAUUCAAAUUCUUCGUUUUACAGAAUGAUGCAAAACGAACCAAAGUUGAAAUUCAUCAAAUUUCAGAAGAAGUAUGCGAUUAUAGUUUUUGUGAGGAAUAGUUUGAAUGGAUGAUUUCAGCUUUUGACUAAAUUUUGAUCUAGGCAAGAAGAACAAAAUCCAUCACCACAGCUAGAAAGAGCAUGUUAAAAUUAGUAAAACUGCAAAGUUUGGCCGCGAAAUGUUGUAAAAUGCGGAAAAUAUAGCCCUGCGAAAUUUGCCAAUUUUGUAUUAAUUUGUAUAUUUUAUGUGCAUUUUCCCAUGCGUAAUACAAAUUAAUACAAAUUAAUAUAUAUUUUCCUCAUUUUACAACAUUUCGCGGCCAAACUUUGCAAUUUUACUAAUUUCAACAUGCUCUUUCUAGCUGUGGUGAUGGAUUUUGUUCUUCUUGCCUAGAUCAAAAUUUAAUCAAAAGCUGGAAUCACCUAUUUCGUGGGUCACCGCAUGUGUUGUGACCAGUGUCAUCUCCGCCAGGAGGUUAUGUUUUCAUCUUCGUUUGCGAGUGUGCGUGUUUGUCUGUGAGCUCGAUAACGUAAAAAUGAUCAAACGUAUUACUUAAUACGAACGUUUCUGGGACUAAUGACAUUGCCAGAGAGCAAAUUGAUUAAAUUUGGAUGAAAAUUGGAUGAGAAAUUAGCAAACGUUUGUCUUGCUUUGCCGGACAGAGUAAACUGAAUGCAUAAUUAGCCCAUUGGAUAAUUUUGCAUGAUACAAUUUUUACAUGAUACAACAUAAUUUAUGCAUGCAUGAAAAUUGGUUAAUUGGAUGAGAAAUUAGCAAACGUUUGUCUUGCUUUGCCGGACAGAGUAAACUGAAUACGUAAUUAGCCCAUUGUGUAAUUGCCCUCUACACACGCAAAAAUCUCACAUCUCGUAACAAGUUUGUCAACAAGCCGUCAACAUGUUGUCUUCGCACUGCUUGUCACAAGUUGUCAACAAGUUUGGAACAAGCUGUUAACAAUUUGUAACAGCCUUGUUGAUAUUAUCAAGCUUGUUGCAAGGUUGUUCCAACAAGUCCGAUACAGUCAUGAUUUUGCAGUAUUGUUACAACCUUGUGUCUUCAACCUUGUAACAUUCUUGUUUAUCAGACUGUAUCUACUGUAUCAGACUUGUUAGAACAACCUUGUGACAAGUCUGAUAAUGCCAUCAAGCUUGUUACAAGUUGUUAACACUUUGUUCCAAACUUGUUACAGCAACUGGGAACAAGCAGUGCGAAGACAACUUGUUGACAGCUUGUGAACAGAUUUGUAACAACUUGUUUGCAGACUUGUAACAACUUGUGCGUUUUUACGUGUGUAGUCUGAUUAUAAUUUCAUCUAUGGUUUCAAUCAUGUGAGAAGAGUGCUUCUAGUUUGACUCACAGAGUUUUGUGACUUGACUAGGUCUUACAAAAUAAGACUUGCUUGCAACUCUGCUAGCCUCACUGGAUCCCAUAUAUAGCCUAUAUGUGUAAUGGUCGAUUUAUAUUACACAGGCUGAGUAUAAAAACUAUAGGAGGAAAAUUACUCGCUAUUUUUACUCCUAUGCUACGAUUAAUUGGGAGUUAAAAGAACCCCUGGAGUAAAAUUUACUCCUGUGCUAGAGUUAUUUUAAUCCUUUAAGUGGAGUUAAAUUGAUUAAAUGCUGUGCUGAGUGGUUAUAUUACUACCUUAAAAAAUAAGCAGAAACUCGACGUAUCGAGCGAAGGCCCUUCGUCAAGAGUUAGUACUACUAGUACUACUUGGCUACUAACUCUUGACGAAGGGCCUUCGCUCGAAACGUCGAGUUUCUGCUUAUUUUUUAAGGUAGUAAUAUAACCACUCAGCACAGCAUUUUCACAUUGGUACUACCAACACUGGUACAGACAGUUUUAGUUAAAUUGAUUCCCAUUGGAGUAUAUGUUCGAAUACAUAUCGAAAUGGAGCAGUUUUAACUCCAUUUUUGGAGUAAAUUUAACUCCAAAAUUUUUACUCCCAAUUUUUAACUCUCAGCUAGUGGAGUUAAAAUACCCGGUAACUCCUUGAAAUUAACAGUGUACGACCUUUAAGGCGUCUGCAGCGCAGACUAUGGGGGAUUCAUAGUCUGCGCUGCAGACGCCUUAAAGGUCGUACACUGUUAAUUUCAAGGAGUUAUUUUAACUCCACUAGCUGAGAGUUAAAAUGUUUGAGAUAUUCUCAAAACAAGACGACAUGGGAUAACAAUAUUUCUUAUAUAGGAUGAAGAAACAUCGUCCACAUUGGAAGAACUAUCCAAACAUUUAAUCAAACUUCGAGAAAUACACACUCGUACUUCGCAAUUGCCUCCUGAGGUUUGGGAAAAGUUAAAAUCCUUGAAGACUUUACUGGACACAAUGGUAAAAUCUAAUUAA